AUGGGAAGGCAACCUUGCUGUGACAAAGUUGGAUUAAAGAAGGGGCCAUGGACUGCUGAAGAAGACAAAAAACUCAUAAAUUUCAUUCUCACCAAUGGCCAAUGCUGCUGGAGAGCUGUCCCUAAACUUGCAGGACUAUUGAGGUGUGGAAAGAGCUGCAGAUUGAGAUGGACAAAUUAUCUUAGGCCAGACUUGAAGCGAGGUCUUCUCUCAGAAUUUGAAGAGAAAAUGGUUAUUGAUCUUCAUUCCCAGCUUGGAAACAGAUGGUCAAAAAUUGCUUCUCAUCUUCCGGGAAGAACUGAUAAUGAAAUCAAGAAUCACUGGAACACCCACAUCAAGAAAAAGCUGAGAAAGAUGGGGAUUGAUCCUCUCACCCACAAGCCACUGCCAAAUACCACCACCAUUCAACCGCCGGAAAAUGAACAAGCUGGUGGACUAAAGUCGCAGCCGCCACCGUCUGAAGUGGCGGAUCAGAACGAGGAAGAGGUAGUGGUGGUGGUUGACACCCAAUUGCAGUCAGCCAUUACUGAUCAGGCUAAAGAUGGAGACAAAAGCAUAGCCACUGGCCCAUUUGAUUCCAUGGAAGUCAAUAAUGAUUUCUGCAUUGAUGAAAUCCCAGUAAUUGAACCCCAUGAAAUCCUAAUUCCUUGUGAAAAUUCAUCAUCAUCUCCAUCAUCCUCUUCCUCCUCCGUUGGCGGGUUUUCAUCUAAUUUGCUUGAAGAUUUGGAGUUUGUUACAACGUUCGAUUACAACGAAAUCAUGAGCAGUAUCUGGGACGAUGAUUUCGUAAGCAAUUUGGAUUUGCAUAAUAAUUGUGAUGGUAACAACAAUUUAAUGGUGGAACCCCCAUUAAUGCAGUUCCCUUUAAUGGUCUCAGAUGAAGGUGCUGGAAGUCUGUUUGAUUUCUUGUAA